UGUGUGCAUUUUAUCCUUUGAAUUCUUUGUGGAUAAGUUUAGAAUCCCCAUUUUUACAAUUCUAUUCAUAAGGGUGUUAUUUGAAUAGACUAUGCGACAUACCUAAAAAAAUUUAUUCAGAGAAGUACUCAGAAAAUUACACCAAUGGAUCACAUUCAUUCUGGUUUAGGAUAAUUUUUUACGUACAAAUUAUGGGUACAUAUCAUCUUUGUACAAAUUCUGGGUACAUAUCAUCUUUGUAUUUGAUUGAAGAAACAGUGAAAUUCACACUAGAGAAACAUGGAAGAUUGGAUAUCAUGUUCAGCAAUGCUGGAAUCAUAGGCCCAUUGACUGGGAUACUAGACCUCGACAUUGAAGGCCUUGACAACACUAUGGCUACAAAUGUUCGUGGCGUUGCUUCGACAAUUAAACACGCAGCUCGUGCAAUGGUGGCUAAAGAAAUACGCGGAUCGAUUAUAUGCACUACUAGUGUUGCAGCUUGUCUUGGAGGAACAGGGCCACAUGCCUAUAUUGCAUCCAAACACGCCCUAGUAGGGCUAGUUCGAUCAGCUUGCAGAGAGCUUGGGCAUCAUGGAAUUAGAGUCAAUUGUGUUUCUCCGUUUGGCAUUGCCACGCCUCUUUCAUGCAAGGCCUACAAUCUGGAACCGAGUGAGGUUGAAGCUAAUAGUUGUGUCUUGGCUAACUUGAAGGGGAUUGUGUUGAAGGCUAGGCAUAUUGCUGAGGCUGCUCUGUUUCUAGCUUCAGACGAAUCGCCUUCUCCUUUCUGAACAGAUCUGAUGCUUGAUUGACAUGCCACUCACCUUUUGGGAGGCAAGUUUGGCUCCUUCAAAUGUCGAACCUGUUGCUCAACACCCAAGCUGAAAGGCAGAUGCAUGCCAUUUUGGAACUGCAAGAUAUGACUAGCUCGAAAUCAUAUUUAACAUGAACAUAAUAAGAGCACAAUUGGGUGAGUAUUACUGGCUCUCUUAGUAAGUUCAUUACCUGAUUUGUGCACCCCACUGCCAAGAAUUGCUGCUUUCGAAUAUUUUCCUGUCAAAAGUAGAUGUCAUUACAACAAGAUAAAACUUCAAAAGAUUGAUAAGAGAUAUCACUGAGUUCAAAAUGUUGAUGCAUUUCAAGUGGAGAUUAUUAUUUCAACUAAGUAGCUCAGAUUAGACUACGUCGAAUACAGUCAAUAUAUGUAGUUUUCAAAUUUUCUCCCUCCAUUCUAUAAUCUGAAAUAGAGUUAUUCGAAUUAAUGUAUCCUACACACAUGCUUUUCUUUACAAAUCAAGUUGAAAACUUUGGAGCCACACCCUGCAUAAUUGGGGGGGAAUACUUUGUUAAUCACAUGCUUGGAUGCCAUUAUACCCCAAUCUUUGCAAAAAAUAGAGAAGGAACAAUGCUUCUAAUUACAUAUACCUCUUUUACAUCGUGUGUACAUGGUUGUCCCUCAUUUUGUUGGGGCCUUUUAACCAACUUGUAAUAAAAGUUAAUAAAAUCUUUGCUUUUGUACCUUUGUGGCUAUUUUUACCUUUCAUGUACUCUUAUUUUGUUUUGAAUGCAGUAGAUAUUUAUAGAUUAUUAUGUCCUUACUCUUAUGUUUGUAGUUUUUUUAUAGAUAUUAUCUAUGAGUUCUAGCUCUGACCAUUCUUCUGGUGAAAGUGAGCAAUCAAGCUCUAGUAGUUCUAGUUCAGAUGAGACUCAGACCACACUCAAGACGAAAGUCAUACCCGAUCCACCGGCAUCAUGGCAUCCACUAGGCAGUCUUCCUACCACAUCACGUAGCGGUAGUACAUCACAUGGCUCUGUUUCAGCUGGUAUGUAUGAACUUUGCUUGAUAUUUUCCACUUGAGCAGGUAACUAUAGUUGCAUGAAUGAUGAAUUAGUGUACCCUUGGUAUGAUCUUUUAGAUAACUAUCGCAAUAUGUGCCUACUUCUAGUUAUAUAUAAUAUCCGCACUGUACACAUGCAAUUUGUUUUUGCUCAGAUGAAUAAAAAUCUUGAAGUGAACAUUGUCAAAUUCAAUAAUACCCCAUGUAAGUCCAGAGGCUUUGCAUUUGCUUCAUCUCUAAUUUUUAGCCCUCUCUUGUGCACUUUGUGGAGAUGUCUCAAUUUGGUGCUCUGUUGGGUUAUGAUUAGGAAUAGAAUAGAAAUGUAAUUCACCCGGUUUAGUAGAAUUUUGAGAAUCUCUUUUUAAUUUUUUUUCUCAAAUAAAUUUAAUUAGUUUGACAACAAUAAUUCUUAAAAUAUAUCUUUAAAAAUUAUUUUCUUAAAAUUAUUAUGUCACUAACACAGUCAACAAUAAUGACUGUGUGCCCAUCAUCCAGCAGAUGGACUUUUUCUUGCCCCACUUGCAUAGCACUGUUCUUAAGUUUUGAAAAUUACUUUUUCUUGCCCCACUUGCAUGAAAACAUGUUCAUGAAAAUUACUUGAGAGCUUCUGGUCAUCAUGGUUGUUGAGGGAACCAGCUCACUGUAAUAAUGAAAGUCCUUUGCUGGUGGAUAUACACUUAUAUGCUUGUAUGUUUGUUCUAUUUUAACUUUCUCAUCUUCACCUCAGGUGUGCUGAUAAUAUGCUUCUUUGACACACGCUGCAGCGUGAUUUCUAACUCGCUAGCAAUGGUAAACAUUUACUAUACUUGUGUACGUGUAUUUCUGAUCACUUUGCUGUAAUAAUAUUCAGUUCUGUCAAUCAUUCAGUGCAUAGAAACUGAUAUGUAGACAAUUGGCCUCAUUUGGAUCCUUUUUUCUAAAUGAAUAAUUUUGACCUUUUCAUCAUUAACAGGAAGAGGCUACCAAAAGCAAGUCUGCAGGAAAGGCAUAGUACCAGACUAUGAUCUCCGACAGCGAUUACACCGAGUUUGAAAACUUCUCAAAGUGGUUGGGAGUCUCCCAGUGAGAUUUUUCUGUCUUUGAGUUUUGUCUUGGUAUAAUAUCUUUAUCUAAUUGUUUUGUUUCAAGAGGAGUUAAUUUACUUUUUGUGGCAGUUUUGAGACAAGAUUUGAGUUUGGUGGGUUAUGUUUUAUGACAAGAUGGAUGGAUUUUCAUUUUAGCAGAUCUGGAAUCAAAAUUUUACAAAUUGUAGUCUCUUA